UGCGAAAGUUCAAAAAAUACAAAUACAACUUCCGGUAAUUUAAAAACUUCAUUAUAUGAUCACAUAUACAAUAAUCACAUCCUUCUCAAAUUAGAAAAACAAGGAUUCAUAACACCAGAUGAACAGGCGCAUAAACUAAUAAAGAAUUUAAGUAAACCAAAACACCUUUAUGCUCUCAAGUUGCUUUUUGAAAAUCCGUUAAAUGAAUUUUCAUCUCAAGUUUUACGGGAUUCGUUGGUUCGAUUGGCAGAUCCCACUCCAUUUGACCAUUAUUCAAGGGAGAGUAUGGCUAUAUUAGAGUUACAUUUACGGACGUGGUCGAUUGUUUUAGAACGCAUAUGCUUUUUACCUAUGCGUCUUAGUAGGGAACUUCGUGAAAAUGUUUAUGAUUCUUUGGCAGAAUUUGUUGAAAUUCACAGAAAGACAACCAGAGUAGUACAAGAUGGAAUCGAUAAUAACUAUAGAUAUGAAUUUAAUCAAUUUAAUCCACAACGAGAAAAUGAUGAAAAUAUGAUAAAAAAACGAAACUAUAAUAUUGAUUUUUUAUUAAUACACUUGAGGGAUACAUUACACAGUCUUCGUGAUGAUGAAACUUGGUUUCAGGAAAUCAUACGAAGAACAAAGGAUUUACUCAAUGCCGUUCUUAAUAUUGCACCUGGAAUUUUUUCAGUAUUGGUUCCUGCAGCCGCAGUUCCAAAAAACAACUGUUCAAUCAUAUCAAUGUUUAUGCAAUUGCAUCAAGGACUAUCUUUCAAAUACCCUGUAUCAUCUUAUUACGUGGAUUGGAGAAUCAUGCUGAUAAUUAAACAUAACAUUGUAAGAUGGUCUGAAGGUCCGGAAAAGAUAAUUAGUAAAAAAUUUGGGGAAAUGAUCUUAAUGGAAUAUCUUUGGGGAUUAUUAGAAAGAGAAUGGAAUAAAGUUGCUGAUAAAACUAUUUUAGAUUCCCAAAUGAAAUUUGAUGAUUUAUCAAAUAAAGUUUUUAAAGCAUUGAAAAAUGUUGGAAGUAUCUUACAUGAUAUUACUGGAAGUGAACCUAUUGCAUUACCGCAUACCUUAUGGUUUGGAAUAUUAGAUCUUGCACAUGACAUUGUUAAAAAUUCCACCCGAACGGCUACACAUGGCCUUUGCUAUUAUUUGGCGAUUGAAUCGCUUAACAAAGCACCAAGUAGUUUUAUUCAAUUUAAAUCCAUUGAAAUAUUAUUACAAUUGCGUUAUAAUGAAUUAUUUUCAAUUAUCGAACUCGAUUUCGAUCAAUAUGCUCGAAAACUCAACGAAACUACUUUAACAGAUCCUUCAGAGAAUUUCCAAAAUUUGUUAAAUUUUGUUAAAGAGAAAUGUCAUGAAGACACUAAUAUACUUUGUGAUAAUAUUGGAAAAGAAAAAGGAAAAGGAAAUGGGAGCAAAAGUUUAGAACAGAAUUCAUAUUUAAAAAAAGAACAAAUUUACUGCAACAUUUUAAAUAUAAUUGCUGAUGACAUGACUUGUCCGAUCAGUCAUGAACCAGAAGAUCGGUUGUGUAUUUUAAGAUGUCAGCAUGUGAUAUCAUUAGAUAAUUUAAAAAGAAUAAAACAAAAAAAGUGUCCCAAAUGUCGAAAAAAUAUCGGAGAUAACGACAUAAUCUUCUUGUUACAAAGUACUAUUUACAAAAAUUUAUUUAAAAAUGAUCGCAUCUUAUCUUCAUUCGAGUUGGACGAUUCCGAUCGAAAAUAUAAUAAAUUAGCAGAACAUCGAUUUGAGGAAGCCGAAUACUUAUGCAAAGAAUUCUUAAAAACCUUUCCUAAAAGUAAUUCUAUGAGAUGCAUUUUAGCUUAUACAUAUAGAUGUCUUGAUAAUCAUAAACAGGCACAUUUAGUUUUAAAUGAGGCCAUUCAUUUAAAGCCAAAAAAUCCGAUUUCAUGGUACAUUAGAGGUGAAAUUUUUUUUAGAGAGAAAAAAUAUGAAGAUGCGGUAUCUGCAUUAACAUUAUCAUCACACCAUAGCUAUAAAAUGAAUAAUUUGUAUUUUAUGCUUGGAAACAGUUAUUUUCAUCUUAAAAAUGACAUUAAUGCAUUAGCAAAUUAUAAUUUGGAAUUACAAAACGAUCCAAAUAAUCAUUUGUGCUUAAAAAAUUGUGCAUACAUUUAUGAAAAUCAAGAAAAAUAUUCAAAUACUUUAGAAAUGUUGGAUCGAUUGUUAAAUAUUAGUGAACAUGAUUCGUUGAUUUUGUGCUAUUAUGGGGAAAUCCUUAUGCAAAUAGGGAAAUAUGAGGAUGCUGAAUUAUAUUUUACAAAAGCAAAUAUAAUAGAUCCGGAAAAUAUUCAUAAUUUAAUCAAAAGAUCUAUUACUUUUAUUGUUCUACAUAAAUAUGAUAAAGCUUUAUUAGACCUACGUAAAGUUUUACAGUUAAACCCUUCAAAUAAUUUAGCAUAUUUUUAUAAAGGAAUCGCUUAUUCUUCAUUAGGUGAUAUAAAUGGUGCCGAAAUAGCAUUUAAAAAGUAUGCGGAAUUAGAUCCCGAUGAUGAUUUUGUUAAAGUUCAAUUAUAUCAUUUAGAAUAUUUACAGAAUAAGAUUAGUUCUAAAGAUAUAUUGACAAAAAUCAAUCAAAUAGCUAACCUUAGUUAUAACAGAUCCUUAUUGCCCAUAAGGUGUAAAAUAUACAUCGAACUAAAAAAAUACGAAAUGGCAUUAAUAGAUUUGAAUAUAUUAUUCUGGUUGGAUGAUAAAGAAAUUUCGUUUCUUUAUCUGAUAAAAGAAUAUUCGGAUUUCUGGUCAUACUUAUGCAAUUAUCAUGAGAUUAAUGACAAUGACGAGCUUAAGAAUUUGGGAAUUGUGGAUAAAUUUAACAUUUUAUCUGGAAAGGUAUUACGAAUUUCAUCUGAUGAGGAAAUGACUGAAUCAUUAAACUUUCAGAAAAUCCCCAAAUUCUUUUUUCAUUUUGCAUAUAACUUUGUUGUUUGGAAAAUUUGUAUCAACAAAGUAUCUUCAAAAGACUGUACCUUAAUUUUCACAGUAGAUACAGGAAAAAUGAAUUAUUCUCAGAGUCAACAAGAAAAGCACAUUCUAAAUUAUGAUAAAAUAUCAGAAUUGGUUGGAUUAGGGUGGAUUGAAUAUACACCUCCAAUUAGAAUAUGCGUACAAGGCUAUGAAUGGGUACAACCUUUAAUUAAAGUGAAAAAUGGUUAUAUCGAUAUGAAAAUUGAUUAUAUUCGGAUAACGUGUGAAAACAGACCAAUUUAUUUUCCUCAAACAGGUCAUUUAUUACCUACUUACAAACAGUAUCCAAAUGUUCCGGAAGUGUUUGAGGAUAGAUAUUUUUCAAAGAAAGAAAAAGAAAAUUUGCUCGAAUUAAACGACAUUCUUAACUAUUUAUAA